UAAGAGGAAACUUGGUUGUAGCAUCCAAAGCUCAAAUUAUAAUAGAUUGAAGUGGGUUCUCAGUGAAAAACAAUAUAUCAAGCUUCCUGAAUUCUCCAAUUUCGUUGUCUUGAAUCGCUUCAUUCAUCUCCAUAAGAAAGCAAUUUAUUGGAAUCUUCUACGUCAUCGAUUCAAUUCAAGCGGCAAACCCCAUGGAGACAGCGGGCCAUGAGUUCAACUCCAGGGAUUGUAUGGUUGAAUGGGUAACUUUUCAAUCUCUCACGUCGAAUCAGAAGGGCCUUGAAGCUAUGUUAGGGGGAGACGAUAUCCUUGAGAAUGUCAUGAAGGCAUUAGCUGAUCCAAACACUCAUUUAAUUGGAAUUUAUGGCCCACAUGAGUGCACCAAACAUGCUCUGCUUGAACUUGUUGGUAGAAGAGUUGAUCGAGACCAAAUGUUUGACAAGGUUCUCACUGUUACUGUGACCAGAAAAAGUUGUUCUUCUUUUUCGUUUGCCAUGAAAACGGAAACACCUGAUGUGAAGAAGAUUCAAGAAGAUAUUGCACGCCAACUCGGGUUCAACUUUAAUCACAAAUCCACAAAUAAAAGAGCCCAAGAAUUGACCGAUGGGAUAGAGAAGGAGCAGAGGAUUUUAAUUGUACUGUGCGACCUCUUCAAGGGGCUUGAUUUGGGUAUGAUAGGUAUUCCUUAUGGCACAGACCACCCAGGCUGCAAGCUACUGCUAACUUCUGCAGUUGAAGAGGUGCUAUCCAACCAGAUGCAUACCCAGCAAAAUUUCAAUAUUGGCUAUUAAAAGCUUCAGCCUUCUGUUGAGAGUUUUAAGGGCUUUUUAUGUGUUGGAGAGUUUUGUGUUAUAUAUAGUAUUUAUGUGUUGGUUGCAUUCGGUAAUUUUCCUAGCUUCCGGUGUGCGCGACUGGAAGCUAAUGUGCUGACGAUGAACUUUCUUGAUGUGAUCAACUACGAAGGAUAAUAUAUACUUGGUCCCUAGUAA